GUGCCCCCCUCAGGGUACAUCCCUAGUUACCUGGACAAAGAUGAACAGUGCGUGGUGUGCGGGGACAAAGCCACCGGCUACCACUAUCGCUGCAUCACCUGUGAGGGCUGCAAGGGCUUUUUUCGUCGGACCAUCCAGAAGAACCUACACCCCACGUACUCCUGCAAGUACGAUGGCUGCUGCGUCAUCGACAAGAUCACCCGCAACCAGUGCCAGCUCUGCCGCUUCAAGAAGUGCAUCUCCGUGGGCAUGGCCAUGGACCUGGUGCUGGAUGAUUCAAAGCGGGUAGCGAAACGGAAGCUGAUCGAGGAGAACCGGGAGCGGCGGCGGAAGGAGGAGAUGAUCAAGUCACUGCAGCAUCGCCCCAACCCCAGCGCGGAGGAGUGGGAGCUCAUCCACGUGGUAACUGAGGCCCACCGCAGCACCAACGCCCAGGGCAGCCACUGGAAGCAGAAGCGGAAAUUCCUGCCCGAGGACAUCGGCCAGUCGCCCAUGGCCUCAAUGCCUGAUGGGGACAAAGUCGACCUGGAGGCGUUCAGCGAGUUUACAAAAAUCAUCACCCCGGCCAUCACCCGCGUGGUUGACUUUGCCAAAAAACUGCCCAUGUUUUCAGAGGUAACGGGGUACUGGGGGGGACGGGACAUGGGGUGCACCAAGUACCUCACCACCAUGCGGGCGGCCGUGCGCUAUGACCCUGAGAGCGAGACGCUGACGCUCAGUGGGGAAAUGGCCGUCAAGCGCGAGCAGCUCAAGAACGGUGGCCUCGGUGUCGUCUCCGAUGCCAUCUUCGACCUGGGCAAGUCCCUCUCUGCCUUCAACCUGGAUGACACCGAGGUGGCCCUGCUCCAGGCCGUGCUGCUCAUGUCCUCAGACCGGACAGGGCUGAUCUGCGUGGAGAAGAUUGAGAAGUGCCAGGAGACAUACCUGCUGGCCUUUGAGCACUACAUCAACUACCGCAAACACAACAUUCCCCACUUCUGGCCCAAGCUGCUGAUGAAGGUGACGGAUCUGCGGAUGAACGGCGCCCGCCAUGCCAGCC